UACAAAACAGCACGGCAAGCUACUGUUGUAUCUUGUGUUUUCCACAGACUUUUUGUCGGCUGUCUACAGCAGGAUGACUCUAACUACCUUCGUACUUUCUCUGGCCGUGUUUUUGUCGGUACCGAGUACCGGACGUGGACACCUGUGCGUGAUAGAGCCUCGACAGCGGGGGGACUUCGAUAUCUCAAAAUCCGGCAGCCACACGUGUUUCCGGCACGGUCCCCCGUGUGGCGGUGAGCCGGCUGGCAACCCCACCCGGACCUACCUGAGUAGCACGGCGGUCACCCUGCUCUGGCAGCAGAACUACAACCACUACACCGUCGGCUACCCAGGAUACAUGGACGUGGCAUGGUCUGACGUCAUGGAUAUGAAGAACUUCCACCUGUUAGCCGUCAUCGGGGACCUGAAUGAGCAUGCGCAGGACCACCAGCGUAACUACUCCAUCCCUGUGGUGAUGCCAAACGUACACUGCACACACUGCGUGCUGAGAUUCCGGUACAACUCGCACAAACCUGGCGAAACGACCUUCUACCAGUGCGCUGACAUCGCCAUCAAAAACAUGACCCACCAAACCCCUACAGAGCCCAACCCUAACCCCAUAAAACCCCCUACCGUGCCCAAUCCUACCCCCAACCCUACCCCCAUGCCAGGUAGCGCUAGACUGUACGGUUUCUCAUAUUCAGAGUUAGACCCGUUACAGUGUGAGUUAGUAUCUGUGGACACUGUUACUGGAGUAGUGUAUCCCGUCAAAACGUUUGACUUCGGCGUAGGUUCCGGCUAUCGGCCAGAGAUUAUGGGGGCCCGGAGGAACAGACGCACGGGUGGGGGGAAGAAACUUCAACCGUUCGGUGAUCGACGUCGGUUCGAGGGGCAACGUCAGGCAUCGGGGAACCAGUUCAUUAUGGACCAGAUGCUGGGGUACAGCGAGGAGAGUAAGAUGAUGUUUACCAUGAAACACGGGAACUCCAGCAGUUUGGAUGCGGUGGCCGAUACACUUCUAACCAUCGAGGCACCAUCAGGUAACGCCAUGGAGAAGGCCGUGGACGCUAAGGCAGUGACGUCACCCAUCGUCGCCAUGACAACGAACGGCCAAGGCUCGAUGCUGACGUUUAACAUGGACAUGGUGCGGGAUAAACCAGGUACCUUCACGUUCAGAGUGGGUCUGUUGGACCAGGACGGUACGUACCAGGAGAUGUACUCCGACCCCAGUAAGACUGAGGACCUGUACAUCAACUACCUCUGGUCCACCGCCGACACGCAGAAAAACAUCCUCUACGUCCUGAUGGGGAACGAGAACGCGCCUGACACGCUGGACGCCAGGGUUUACACGUUUGAUCUCAAUGCGAAGCCGGCUAAGAUGUGGUAUGCUCAGCUGGAUGUGGAUAACUACACAAUCUCCUCUAUCCACUUCUACCAGAAGACAGGUAAACUUGUUGCCAUGUCUCCGGGGCUGUUCUUAGAUCGGCAAGUGACGUACACUCUGGUGACGGUGGAUCCUAAACUGGGCCUCAUCAAGCCUCUGUGGGUCGUGGCAGUACCUGACCGUUACCAGUCUUACUACGGCGGUGACGUCAUCAACCUGGACCAGCAGACCGGCGUGCUGUAUCACGUGCUCCGUCUGACGGACCCUCCCGACGCUGAUGUCAUAGCAACGGUUUCCUUGGAAACCCAGAGCGUCACAUUCUCCAGCCCUACCAACCUGCGUCAUUUGCAUAACCUAUCUUUCCUCCCAGGCGUUAGCAACUAGUAAAAUGUGAGGUAGAUUAAUUCAGAUAUGGAAAAAUAAUUCAUUUGUACUCUUUCUUUCGUGUGUCGUCAAAUAAGAAGUAUGAUUUGUAAGCAUAAGGGUUUUUCCUUUGUUUUGAUUGCCACUCAAUAAUGUAAAAAAAUGUAUUUCGAGCCCAAAUUACUUCGUAAACAGCGAAAUGGCAGAAAUGAUGAGUAAUUAACUGUUAAGAAUUGUGUGCAGGAGGUAAGAGAGUUUAAUUGUCAAUAAACGGUGAGUUUUUUGUGGAUACGUGAAUGCCAAGGAGCAGAAAUAUUGACGAAAAAGUCACCUAUUCA